AUGACCGACAGGAUCCCACGAGCGAUUGAAGGAGUCAUAACAUUCGACGACAACGUGUAUUGGGAGUCGCAAAAAGCCGCCGCCGCCGCCCCGUCUGCCGCGCGACCGCCGAGCUGCCCCAGUGCCAGCACACUCGCACUCCACGUCGCUUUGUUAAACUCCCCAAACUCGAAUAUCAAUGGAUUACAGAUUGAGAUAGUGCCUUUUGUGUCGUGCCUUGCGCAUUCACAUUGUUUUUGUUUGUUAUCUUUUACUUUUAAUGGAGAGGUAUCCCGGUAUUUGAGAUUUAUUUCAGAUGCCAAGUCA